AAUAAAAAAUCUGUCUUCAAAAAUUUGCAAGAAAUACAAAGUUUUAACAAUUAAAAAAAUAAACUUUUAUUUUCUCAGAUUAAAAGAUACUACAGCAUAUGUCGAAGAAGACAUUUGCAUUGUCACAGGUUUAAAUAUAAAAUAACAUGUCCUAGGAUAACUUUGAUCUUCAGAUCUUCGAUUCUUUCUUCAAAUCUUUCUCAAAUUAAAUAUAUUAUGAGGAGAAAUUAAGAGAUGCCGGUUUAUCAAUAACGUGAAGGGACACCGACUACUAUUUACAAUAUUCGAGUUGGCCAUUGAAUCUUGGCGAUUGCUUCCAACGAUUACCUUGGCAACCCUCAGUCAAAACAGAAAAUGGCUUCCUUCAAGAUGAGUGCAGACGAUUCUGAAGAAAACAAAUGCAACGAAAUUAAUCGUGACGUCGUCAAUCUUAAAUCAGAAUAUGAACAAAAAAAUACAUCAUAUCUCAAGAGUGUCGUUUUGUCACCCAUAAGUAUCAUCAAAAAGAGAACAGAAAGCUGCUUUCGUAAUUUACCUGGAUUGCCAGCGACCGAAGAUCACAGCAAGGUGAAAAACAGCAUGAAGGGUAAAAAUUCUGAUGAAAAGCUGAGUAAAAAGUCGGAGAAGAAGAGAGAAAACUCUUCUGUUCAUCACACCAAAAAGAAAAAGCAUAAAGAGAAAGAUAAACAUGAGCAUCAUUCAUCUCAUAAAGAAAAGCACAAGGAUCGUCCAAAAACAAAAAGCACAUCUGACAAAGAUAAGUCCUCACUUAAGCAUAAAAACCAUAACUCUGUUACAAAAGUAUCAUCCAAUUCCUACUUAAAUAAAGAUAAGCUAGAGCAACCUUUAAAGUCCAUAAAAAAUUCAUUAUUAAAUAAAAGUGCCUCGUUUGAACACAACACAGUCAUCACUUCACGUUCCAUCACGCCAGUCGAAAUGAAUGAAAAGACAGAUAAAGAAACUCUAGCUGAAAAAAUUGUCCAAGCUGAGCCUUCAAAUGACAAAGGUUCUAACAAUCUGUUGGUUUCUAGCAAACAGUCUCUUAAUGAAAAUUCAAAGAAAAGAAAAAAUAUUGAUAUGCUUCAGUGCAAUGGUGAAGAUAUUAUUGAUACAUCUAAUGUUGCAAAAAGAAUUAAAAUUGAACCCUUGUCAAAUGAUAAUUAUCACAUCAUCAACAAUCUUAUUAGUUCUACUUGUGACAAAGUGUGUGAAAUUACUUCUCUUUCUGAACUUAACAGUUCAUUGGAUGAUAUCCAUAAAGAGGCUGGUAUUAGUUAUCAGGAAAAAAACAAUAGUAUUAAAUCUCUGAGCUCUUGUGAGAUUUUUCCUGGUACUGUUUCCAAAGAAAGCACGGUGAAUGAAAAUGUUAGCCUUUCAGGUGAACCUAAAAGUGUUGUACAUAAUUCUUCUUGUGAUACACAUAAACUCUUAGAUAGAGAAAAGUCUGUUAAUGCUUUUUCAAAUACCUGUCUUUCUUUAUCAUGUGAUGAAUUGAAGGCAGAUCACUCUAAUAUUUCAGGUAACAAAUCUGAAAUCUGUUGCAAUAUUUUAAACUCUAUUUCUGUUAAUUGUUCAUCAGUCUCAGAAAGUAAUUUAUGUUCUUCCUCAUCAGUCUCUGUACAAAUAUCGGAAGAGUCGGCUGUUGCUGUGACCCCUGAAGAUACUCUAAUUCAACCACAAAUCAGCUGCUCUACCAAUAAUAAAAAACUGAAUGAAAGUUCAGAUGUGAUUAAGACUCAUGCUUUGGGACACAAUUCUUGCGAAUCACGCAAACUAAGUUCAACUUUAAAAAUCAAAGAUGACCAUUAUAAAUCAAAAACACUUUCAGAGUCACAUCAUAAGAAAAAUAAAAGUAGCCAUUCAAAAGAUAAAAUUAAAAAGCAUAAGCACUCGAAUGUAGAUAAUAUACAUCAAGUAAUUAAGCAAAAGAAACCAAAUGACUCAAGUUCGGAAAAACACAAAAAAGCAAAAGUAAAGGAAUCUGUAAAUGAUGUUUCGAAAACAACUGAAUCGUCUAAAGUAAAAAAUGGCGAUUUAAAGACGCCUGAAUCAUCUAAAUUGAAAAGUGGUGAUUUAAAAAUCAGUGAUUCAUCAAAAUUGAAAACUGAUGAUUUAAAAAUAAACGAUUCAUCGAAAUUGAAAACUGAUGAUUUAAAAAUCACUGAUUCAUCGAAAUUGAAAACUGAAGAUUUAAAAAUCACUGAUUCAUCAAAAUUGAAAACUGAUGAUUUAAAAAUCACUGAUUCAUCAAAAUUGAAAAGUGAUAACUUAAAAGCUACUGACUCAUCUAAAUUGAAGAGUGAUUUAACAAAAAGUUCUAAAGUCAAAAUUAAAUUAGAUUCAAGUUCAUCUUCUAAGACGGAGCUUUGUACUAAGUGUAAGCAAAAAGUCUCCAGUUUUCGUCAUGUGAGUAUACAAUGUAAACGUGACAGGCAUGAUAAAGUUGUGGAAAAAAAUGGUGUAUCUCAAAGAAUACCAAGACUACCCCAAGGUAUGGAUUUAAAGCAUUUAAAAUAUGGAAAAUAUAUACGUCUUGAAGUAUUUCCAAAUGGUGGAGCUGCUCUCCUUCAUCUUUAUUGGGAUGAAAUAUGUCAUCUGCAGCAGAAAGAACUUAACUGCUUGGCUGAGGAAUUUUUGAAGGAAACAUUUUUAGAAGAACCUUAUGGAGUUGCUAAGUAUGUAAUGGGUAUUGUUCAUAAUGCAGCUGAGUAUCUACCUGAUAUACUUGAACAUUUUGCUGAUAGAUAUCCUAAUCUUGUUGUGAAAGCUGGUGCACUAACUCGCCAAUCUGACAUAGAAACUACAACAAUGUUAAAAUAUUGUGAGCAAGUUCAUGCUCAUUACAGUCAAGGUACAUUUCGAACUGGUCCAUUACAUCAAAUAAGCCUUGUGGGAACUGUCCAUGAAGAAGUAGGUGGUUAUUUUCCAGAAUUUCUUCAGAUGCUAGAAGAAAAUCCCUUUCUUUAUUUGACUAUGCCUUGGGGACCUAUGUCUGUUGUGCACAUGAAUCCCCAAGAAAGCAACGAUGGUCCAAUACUUUGGGUUAGACCUGGUGAACAAUUAGUUCCUACUGCUGAUUUGUCUAAAUCCCCAGGGAAAAGAAAGAGGGGUGCUUUCAAUGAAUUAAGGAAGUUGCAGUACUUGCCUCGUAGUACCGAACCCCGUGAAAUGAUGUUUGAAGAUAGAACGAAAUGUCAUGCUGAUCAUGUUGGCCAAGGAUUUGAUCGUUUAACAACUGCUGCUGUUGGUGUCCUCAAAGCAGUUCACUGUGGAAAUUCGUACCCAUCAAACAGGAUCACAAAAGAUGUUGUGGCUUUUCAUGCAGGAGAUUUUAAUGAGCUGGUUGAGAAACUUCAAUUGGACUUGCAUGAACCUCCUGUCUCCCAGUGUGUUCAAUGGGUAGAAGAUGCUAAAUUGAAUCAACUUCAUAGAGAUGGCAUAAGAUAUGCUCGCAUUCAAUUGUGUGAUAAUGACAUUUAUUUUCUCCCGAGGAAUAUAAUCCAUCAGUUUCGGACAGUCAGUGCUGUGACAAGCAUUGCUUGGCAUGUACGAUUGGCUCAGUAUUACAUUCCUCCUGAGGGACAAUCUAGUGAAUCUGAUACAUCUCCCCUAAAAGAAAGAAAAAUUAAGGUUGAACCUUUAGAUUCACCCUACACCAAAAAAAGAGUGCAUUCAGAAUCCUCAAGCAAACCUGAGAAAGUGAAAGUUAAACAUGAGCAUAAAAAAAGUGAAAAGCCAAGCUCUAUUCUUAAACACAUCAAACAAGAACCCUCUGAUAAUCAACAUAAAUUUAAGCAUAAAACUUAUGAGCGGGACUCUAAAUCUGAUUCACAGAAAAAAUGUGAAACUAAAUCUGUUUCAUUCAAUGAUUCGAAAUCAGGCACUCCAAAGAAGCACCAUGUGAAAGCUCUUAACUUUGGGGAUAUAGUUGAUGAUGCUAAAAAGCAGGUCUCCAUGAGUGAGAACAAUUCUAAAACUGACUCACCUAGAAAAGGUGAAGAAGUUAGGUCAGUUUUCCAUGGGGAAAAUAAGUCUAGCUCCCCUCGAAAAAUUACGGAUAAUAAAUCUUCUGUCACGCAUCAUGUUAAAAAAGAUUCUUCUUUGAAAAAGAAGGAACAUCACCACUCCGUUAAAAGUUCUUCUACAUCACCAGACAAAUCGUCUAAAAAUCCUCAUAGAGGCACACCAAUAAAGAAAGAAAAAGAAUCCAGUAAAGAAAAGGAAUUAAGUAAAGAGAAAGAAAAGGAAUCAAGUAAAGAGAAAGAAAAGGAAUCAAGUAAAGAGAGAGGAAAGGAAUCAAGUAAAGAGAGAGAAAAGGAAUCAAGUAAAGAGAGAGAGAAAGAAAAGGAAUUAAAUAAAGAGAGAGAGAAAGAAAAGGAAAAGGAAUCAAGUAAAGAGAAAGAAAAGGAAUCAAGUAAAGAGAGAGAAAAGGAAUCAAGUAAAGAGAAAGAAAGAGAAUCUAGUAAAGUGAAAGAAAGAGAAUCCAGUAAGGAGAAAGAAAGAGAAUCCAGUAAGGAGAAAGAAAGAGAAUCCAGUAAAGAGAAAGAAAGAGAAUCCAGUAAAGAGAAAGAAAAAGAAUCUAAUAAAGUGAAAGAAAAAGAAUCUAGUAAGGAGAAAAAUAGAGAAUCGUCUACUAAGGAGAAAAAUUUUGAGGUGAAAGCGGCUGUGGAGUUGGUUAUUUGUAAAGACUCUAAGCAAUUGGGUGAUAAAAUGUUUGCUGUUGAUGACAACAGAAGUGAUGCCAUUGACUUCAAAACUUUUAAAAGCAUGAACAAAAUUGAAGAGCAUCCCAGAAACUUCAAGAAAGAGAAACGAAAACAUUCUGAGGAGCAUGACUUUGGUCAGCACAAGCUACACAAAACAGAUAAACUGCUUCCCUGUAACACAAACUCACCCGGUCAGAAAGAUAUCAUUCCAAAACAUAAAUCAUCAAGCGAGCGUAGGUCCAAAAGCCGCCAUCAUCAUCAUUCGAGGGAGGCCAUUCAAGAUAUUGAAUCAGCUGUUGUAGACUGUGUUGCUUGUUUGGUAAACACUGUAAGAGAUGAAAUUGAGGAAGUAGAAUUGCCGAUAAAGAAAAAACUUCAUCACAAAGAGAGUGUCCAUUCUCAUAGAGCCUCUAUUUCGAAAACCAAACAUGCUUCUCAUCAUAGCAGGCCAGAAUCGCAAAAUGUGCUUGUACUGACAACUGAACAGCAUCUUGUAAGGAAUACAUUUGGAGAGUCAAGUACAUCUUCAUAAUUUUGUUGCCAGUGAGAUUUUAGAGACCUUCAUGAGUGUGAGUGAAACAUUAAUUCUAUCAAGUUUUAUCAUGGCAUCUUCAUUAAAUCCAACUUUUAAAUGUGAAAUCAUUUUUAUCAACUUAAUACUGCAAUUACUAUACGUGUGUUGGAAAUAAUCUUAAGUUCUGUUAAAGAAAUGAUGUUGUGUACAAUUCUUUCAAUAAUGAUGCAAAUCUUCUUGAGCUAGUUUGUAAGGAUUCAUUUAGAAUAAUCUUUUAUUUUACUUAUCGACCUUUUGCAAUAUUCUUGCAAUCAUACAUAACUCCUUUAUAAGAGGUAGUUAUGUUCCUAAAUAAGGAAUAAAAGUGAAAAUUAUUACCAGUUAGUUAUUAUCCUAACUAAAUAUAAUAGCUGUUGUACAAAUAUCUCAUUUCAUGAACCUUUGAUUUCAGUAUUUUUGAAAAUUCCGAUAUGAAAUUUCAAAAUAAUUGAAAAUAUAAAAAAGUGAAAUUAUCCAUUUCGAUCAAUAUUUAUAUUUGCAAUUACAUAGUUCUCCCUAGGAAUAAGGACACUUACUCGCAGAAAAGGGCGAUUUCAGUUUUGAAAUGACACUCACUUAACACCAUUAAAAUUUAUCAAAACAUGUACACUAUGCAAUUACUGAAUUUGAUCCUCAAUUUUUAAAUUAUCCUUUUAUACUAUUUUAUGUGUGUAUUUCGCAAAGUAAUCCUCACUUAUUAUCGAAAUGACAGAAAAAUUUAUACUUUUGAAAUAUAAUUAAAGGCAAGUUAAAAGACAUCUGUGUAUAAUUCAAUAAACUUAAAAGAUAAAUAAACUUAAUUACUUAAUAAAUAAAUAAACUUAAAAGAGGGGAUUAAUAAAUGAACGACUUUAAAGCUUUUUUAGCAUUUAACACUGAAAAAAUGAGAAAAUAAAAGUUUAAAGGUGCAUUUUUAAAUAAGAAAGUAUUUAUUAAAAAAAAAUUUAUUGGACAUUAAAAAUUUUAUUUAAUAAAAUUUAUUUGUAUUAAUCACUGAAAAAUUCAUUAAUAUACCCCCUCCCAAGUGAAAAAUGUGAAUUGUUGAAUUAGAAAUUCGUUUAUUUUGAAUUUUAUGCAUUACAAUUUGAUGUAGAGCUGUUAUCGUGACAUGAGGCAUUUGUAGUCUUUAAGCUUAAAUUUAUAAUUUUAGCACCCUUGCUUACCAAACAUUAAAUUAAAAUUUUAACUAAACUUUUUAAAAAUAAAAAAAUGACAGUUGACACCAAUUUACCAAAUAUGGUUAGUGUUUUUUUGUUUUAUUUAAAACAAGCUAAAAAAAAUUAGUACAAAGUUAAGUUGCUGAACAUUGAAAAUUGUUCCCUUAUAUAAGGCUAUUUUCAGUAUUGAAAUUAUUGCUCAUAACAGUGUUUCUUAACAGUACUGUUAUUGUGAAUAUUUCCAAAUUAUGUAUAUUCUGAUUCAUCAUAUGAAAAGAAUUGAUGUUUCAAGCACACUGUAUGUUGAUCCAUUCUGUAAAUGCCAUUUUAUUUGGCAGGUUGUUAUAAAUACUGUUUUUGUAUAUACUUGUGUAUAGAAAUCAUUUUUAAUAGAUAUGUAAUAAGUUUUGAAAGUUAUCUGCAAAAAUCAUAAAGUUUUAGGGUUUACUUUUGUUACUACUACUUUAAUACAAAUUUUAUUUGUGUUUCAAGCAUUUUAUGGGAAUGCUUUAAAAAAUUUUUAAUGUUGUAUUAUUUUUUUUUUUUAAAUAUUUUCCUUAAUUUGUUAAACUUUUAGAAAUUAACAUUUUGUAGAUGUUUAAAAAGAAAUUUAUGAAAACUAGGUGUGUUAUUGAGCUCAUUUAUCCUGAAAGUGGAUUAAAUUUAGAUCUUAUGAAAAACCUUAAUUAGUUAUUUUAUUAGUUAAUUAAAUAUUAAAGUUAUUUUUCAUUAUAGCUUGUAAAAAAAAUAAUCAAUGUUUUCUCAGAACUAAUUUAUUAAAAAAGAAGAAAGUAAUUGAAUCAAAUUUCACUAAAUAUUGUAGUGAUUCAGAGACAAUAUUUUUUAGUCAAAUUUAAAGAAUAAAUAUCUAAACAUAAAGUUAUAUUUAAACAAUUUAAUCUUUUAUGGCAUCUUCUACAAUUUUUAAUUUUGAAAUCAAUCCUUUACUUAAUGGGCAAUUCCAUGGUACAAAGACAACAUAAUAAAGAAACAAAUAAAUAAAUGUUUAAAAGCAUUCUUCAGUUAACAGAUUUCUUAGUUUAUUUACUACUUUAGAUAUAAAAUCAAAGAUUGUAGUUUUUUCUUUGUAAUAAUAAUAAGAAGAAAAGUUGAUAAAAUUUUAAUCUAGUUUGUAUUUCUAACAUCCAGUCACGAGCUUUUUCUCCAUUUUCCACUUUCUAUAUAUCAUUUCAUAUGUACUUUCAAUGUUAUCUGUUAAUUUUAUUAUUUUUUUAAAAAUAAAUUUUAAAAAAUAAUCCUAUUUCUCCUAUAGAAGAAAGAAAAUUUUUUAAUCCCUCUCCUUUCUAUGCUAUGUCUGUCACAUUUUAAAUUUUUAAAUAAGUAAAGCUUUUGUAAUUUCCAUCCCUUUUCUUAUAUACAUAAUGAUAUAAAGAUAUUGAAAAGCAUUCCAUAUAAUUUUUUUUAAAAAUUUACUAACUAUUUAUCAAUGAGAAAAAAGUAGGAAGGUUGAAAAUGGGAAAACCUAUCAAAAUGUAACAUCAGUCGCCAUGGAAUUGCCUGAAUACCCUGUUAAGUUCUCAGCAUAUGUUUUUAGUAUUUUAUGUCACUUUGAUACCUCUCAUUCUACUACCAGACAUUUUAAAAGUAUGCAUUUGAAAUAUAAUAAUCAUAUUAUUAUAUUUUAAAUAUAAGGCAUUUUAAAAGUAUAUUUAAAAUGUAUACUUUUUAAAAAAUAUACAUUUAUUGUAGAUACUUGAGCUCAGAUAUCAUCUUUUUUAUUUAAAACUUCUUUAUAAACACUUGAAUAAUAUAGGUCGAUUUCUUAAAGGAAAAAUCUUUUUCUAGUUUCAUAAAACCCACCUUGAUUUUUUUUUAUUUAUUUUUUUCAUAUAUUGCACUCUGGUAGUGUUUUUUUUAUAUAUAUAUAUAAAUAACUAUAUAUGUAUAUACAUACUUCUUUGUUUAUAUUUGUACAGCAGAGAUAUUUUUAUUGAAUAGAAAUAAGCAAAAAUGUCUUGCCUCUUUUUUGUGAUGUUUACAAGUGCUAAUCUAAAUCAUUUUUAUUUAUUGUUUAGCCUAUUUCAUAGAUAAUCAUUGUUAUCCAAAAAUAUUAGUUAUUUAAAACCAUCCAGUUUAUAAGUUUUUUAUUUUAAUGUCUUAUUGCUUCAUGUUAAUACUAUCUCUCCCUCUUUAUCUCAACUUAAUUUGACUGUAUUAAGAUUUUUAAAAGCUUGAGCUAAAAUAAUGUUUAUCCACUUAAAAACAUUGUUUUACUUAUAGGAUCUUUGUGUUUUGUUUAAUUAUCUUAACUGGAUCUCACAAUAUGAUGUAAUUUAUUAAAUUUUUUAUAAUGAAAAAUGGUGGAACAUAUUGAUUUUUAAAAGUGUAUAACGUGUCUGCUGCUUUUUCUUCUGUUUUGGUUCUUUUUUUAUGGGAAAUUUUAUGUAGCAGGUUUAACCUUUAAUAAGAGGGUAAUCACAAAUAAGGAAAAGUAGUUUGAGAUCAAUAAAACUCAAUGUUUUCUCUCAAAAAUUUUGCAGUUGUGAUGAUUUUCAAUUCAAUAACAAGUAAUUUAUUUUAUAUAAAGAAAUAAGACUUAGUUGAAGAAUUAAUUUAUGAAAAGUUAUGCCAAUUAUUACAAAAAUCAGUUAAAUUUGAAUUUUAUCAAUUUGGAGAAGUCUUAGGAUAUUUUCCAGCGUACUUACAGCCACCUUGGAUAAAUUUGAGUUUUUAGGAAUUUGUUGUCCAAAGUGUUGCAAUUGCAAAUGAGUCCUUAUUUCCAUCAAAACAUUGAUAGUUUUAUCAUUUAGCAUAUUAGAUUUUUUUUUAAUCCUCUGACAGUCUUGCAUGUAGAAAAGCAUUUCCACAUAAAUCUUUCUCUACAUAUCAAACCAGUUUUCGACAUUAUAAGACAAUAAAAUUGAUGAGGUAAUGCAUUUUAUUUGAUAAUGAAUGUAUUGAGGGUGCUAUUUCUAAAAUUCACCCUUUAUCAAAAGCAUCUGAGGGAUUAAAAUAUUUAUUCUUUUAAGAUAAGAAUUAUAUCAGUUUACUUUAGGCAGGGAUGCACAACUUGUUACUUGUAAUCGAAUGUGACUCUUCAAUGGAUAACGUGCAGCCUAACCAAAAGCUACAUAAAAGACAUUAUUUUUGUUAAUAUUUUAUUUAAAAAUGUGUAGGUUAUUAUUCAAUUAAUGUAUGUAAAUACUUAAUACAUUUUAACUCCCUAAAUCUACUCCCCCUGCAGCUUUUUUGGAAACAAGUUAUGCACCCUUAAAUUAAAGAAAUUAAAUCAAAUACUUUAUUUUUAAUGUUCCAGCCUUCGAAUAAAUCACGUCAGAACUUUUUUAAAUUUUGCUAUAAAAUAUAACAGGAAAAUUUUUCAUAUGUAAAUAUUUAGUGUAAGUUAAUAACAAAAAAAACUUAUUGUUAUCUCGGGAGCAAGCAUAUGACCCCAAUCCAGUAUAAGUGACUGUUGUUUGUUUUUUUAGUUUUAAUUUCUUUCAUUUGUUUGUCAAAUAGUAAUUUCUUGCCAUUAGUUGCAAAACAUUUAUUGUAUAAUACUGUGCCUUUCAUGACAAUAUUCAUAUCUUCAUAAUAUCCUUAUAUUCAAUACCUCAUUAUUUCAAAAUAUAAUUAAAAUUUAUAUCUAAAACUAUAAUAUUAUUAAAUGACACUUAUUUUUUAAACAUAAAUUGAAUAACGAAAAUUUGUAAAUUAUUUUCAUUUGUUACUUUUCCAUUCACAACUUACCUUUGCUGUGUAAUUCCUUCUCUCCUUCUGCAUAGUUUUUUAAAUAUAUUAUUUCUUUUUAAAAUGUUAUUUUUUGUUUUAUGCAUUUCUUUUUCAUCUAAACCAACUUGUUUUUAGAUGCAUUUAUUCAUAUUUUUUAUUGAGUUUUAUUAAUCACUUUUGUAUAGCCUUUGAAUUUUUGGUAGAGUUACAGAGUUGUUUUUCAUAAUUGUUAAAAGAAAAAACUAUUUAACAUGCUUUUAUAAAGUUCGUUUAUUUCUUUCAUAACCUAAAACCUCUUACAAAUUGCCCUCAAAGUUUAUCUGUGCAAUUUCUUUGCUUUAGAUCAUUUAAUGUUUUCUGAAUUAUUUAAAAAAAUUUAUUAAGAGUGAAGUGUACAAUAAUUUUUUAAUCCCUUUCAGGAAUUAUUUAUUAAUUUAAGGCAGUUAAACUGCAUUUGAAAGCUUAACUAUUCAGAUGUUAAUUAUAUUGUCAUAAAUACAUGUAUCAUUUUUUAGUUUAAAAUUGCAAUCAAAAAGAAAUAAAAAUGACUUGCCAUUUGUGUUUCAAGCAAUUUUAGUUUUAUGUUAGCUUUGACUUUAAUUUAAACAUAAAAUAUUUCAGUGGAAUAAAAAAUUAUUAGUUUUUUAAUAUUGCUUUUCAUUUCUUAGUAUUAUCAGUGGUUAUUGUAAUUUAUGAGAAUCUGCAUGUUUUCAGGAUAUUGUAAAUGGCUUUUUGCUGUAGAAUUUAGUUAAUAUUCUUGCAAUAAAGCACUAAAAGCUCUUCAUCUGCAUUUUACAAGUUACUCCUGCCUUAUAAAGAUUAAUGUUGUUUUAAUUGCCUCAGAACUGUGAGUUCCUAUCAUGUAUCCUUUUUAAUUUUAGUUUUUAACUAAAUCAAUUUAUAAUCAAGUUAACAAAGGUUUUUUUUUUUUUUUCUCAAUACAAGGAGUGGUAAAUAGUUAAUUUCAAUUCUGUUUUAAGAUAAAUUAAUUUACCAUAGGUUUUCUUUUUAUUCCUAGUUUAAUUUAUUAACAUAAAAUUAUUAAAAGACAGUUUUUGUUUUAGUUUAGUCAUUGACAAAAUAACAUAAUUUUUUAUUAGGUAGCUAAUUUAUAUAUUUUGUUUCAUUUUAUUCACUGGAAUGAAAUAAAUCAUAAUUACCAGUUUAUUGAACCUAGCUACCAAAUUGUAAUGUUGCUUUUAAAAGAAAUGUAACUUAUGAAAUAUCAAUUAAUUGCUUAAUUUUAACAUUUUAAUUAUAAAUACUGACUAAAUACAGCCUUAUUCAUUUAACAGUAUAGCUCUGUGUCUAAAAAACGCAUCAAAUGGAUGGUUUCUAUGGACAUACAUUUGUUUUCAUUGUAUGAUGAAUUUUAAUAGUAUAUAUUGAGGUAUCUUUAUUGUUGCUUUUCAAAUCAAAUUGUUUUAUAAAUGUGGAAAUUGGAGGAGUAUUUAUUUAUAAAUGUCACAUCUUAUGCCAUUUUUAUUUCUAUUUUUCCCUCUUGGAUUGUUGUUCUUAACCUGGAAUUGUUAUCUUUAAUAAAAGUUAAAUGUUGUUAAUAUCUUUACUUUAUGAAUUAACCUUGUAAUUUUAAUGUUGACUCUUGAAUAAUGUAACUAAUAUUAUAUGCAUAUUCUUUUUGUAUACUUGUCAAAAAUGUUAUUAAGUAUGUUAAAUUGCAUGAAAAUGAUUCUAUAGUUUGCCAGUGAGUAUUUUUCUUUUCAUUCAGCUGUGAACUCUACUGGAUUUUGGUUUAAUGAAAAAUUCUCCGAUAGUCUUGUAUUAUAUUUUGGGAGGCUUUCUAAAAAAAAUAAUUUCAAGAUUUUUUUUUUGCUUAGUUAAACAUUUAUUUGAGUAUUAUAAGCCUAUUUUAUUGUAAUAGGUUUUUCUUAAUUAGUUUUUUUUUAAUUUAGAGCUAUUUUUAAAUUAUUUAUAGAAUAAGUUGUAACUAUCUAAAAUUAAAUAUUUGUUACUAUCAGAACUGUGAAUUAAAAAGGAAAAACACACACACAGCAUGUGAAUUUUUUUUUUUUAAUGCUGACAGCUAUGAUUAUAGUUAUCUGUUAUUAUUAAUUCAUUUUAUUUAUUUUUUUCAGAAAGCUUAUAACUUUCUUAAUUUGAAAUGUAGUGCAUAUAAUUUCCAUUGAAAAUAAUUAUAGUUUACCAGUGAUUAUUAUUUUUCAGAAGAAAAAAAAUUUUGAUGUAUAUAUAUGUUAGUUAAUUUUUUUUUUGGGGGGGGGGAUACAAAUGUUUUAUACAAAGAAAAUAUAUAGUUUUUGGACUUUCUUUUACUGCUUUGCAAAAACAAAACAGAAAUUCAUUGUUUAAUUGUUUUUUUAAUUAGCUUGUAAAAAUAGAAAAUUAAGCAAAAAUUUUCAUCAUUUUUACCUAAAAAGCUUUUAGUUCUGAAAAUUAUUUUUAACAUCUGAAAGUGAAAUUGCAGUGUUUUAACUGAAGCAUUCAUUAACUUAACUAUGCAAACAUGAAUCAUAGUUUCAUUCAUUUGUUUCAUGGUGUCAGUUUUUAUUUAUUGUUUUUAAUGAAACGCAUCCUUAGAUCACACUUUUGUGCCUGCCUGUUUCAGAAAUGCUUUUCAUUGCUUACCAAAUAUUUAUUUGUAUAUAUUAAAUAAACAAAAAAAGAAAAUGCUUGUUAUUCCUGUAUAUAGAAAGAUACUUUAUAACAGAAUAACAUUUAUAAGAAAACUGUUUAUUCGUUGUAUGCAAUAAAAAUAACACAAAAACCA